CAGCUCCCCGCUCGCAACAGCCCGGCGAGGCUCCACCGCAACUACCGCGGACCGCCGCGCGCUCGCCCAACGGCGGCGGGGGGCGGGGCGGGCAGCAGGGCGGCUCCCCCCGCCCCCCUCCCCUUAGCUCCCCGCUCGCCCAGACGCCGCGCCCUAGCGCGAGGGCGCUCCGCAGCGGCCGGGCCGCCUCGAGGGCAUCGCGGCCUGCCCGGCGCCCGGCGCGGUGCACGCCGGGUAGCGUGCCCGGUUACCGUUGCCACGGGGGCCUGGGCCGCCGCCCGCCGCGGUCUCGGCGGGAGCGAUGAUGAAGGAAACCAUCCGCGUCUACGCGCGGGUGAAGCCCUUGGGCAGGCGGCAGCGGGCCGGGAUUUAUUCAGUUGAUGACGAUGAGAAAUCUGUGUCCAGUCUGGAGAUUAUUGUGCCACGUGAUUUAGCAGAUGGGUUUGUCAAUAAUAAACGAGAAAGCUACAAGUUCAAAUUUCAGAAAAUUUUUGAUCAAGAGGCUAAACAAGAUGUGGUUUUUGACAGCAUUGCCAAACCAGUGGCAGAAUGUGCUUUGGCAGGAUAUAAUGGUACUAUCUUUGCAUAUGGUCAGACAGGCAGUGGCAAAACUUUCACCAUCACAGGAGGAGCAGAACGUUACAGUGAUCGAGGCAUUAUUCCCAGGACUCUAUCUUAUAUUUUUCAUCAAUUGCAGAAGGAUAGCAGCAAAGUAUAUACAACUCAUGUUUCCUACUUAGAAAUCUACAAUGAAUGUGGUUAUGAUCUGUUGGACCCAAGACACGAAGCCUCCAGAUUGGAAGAUUUGCCAAAAGUGACAAUAAUGGAAGACCCUGAUCAGAUCAUUCAUCUAAAGAACUUGUCUCUUCAGCAAGCAACUAAUGAAGAAGAAGCCCUAAACCUGCUGUUCUUGGGAGACACCAAUAGAAUGAUUGCUGAGACACCAAUGAAUCAAGCCUCAACCCGAUCUCACUGCAUUUUCACGAUUCACAUCUCCAGCAAGGAACCUGGAUCUGCAACCAUCCGACGGUCCAAGUUACACUUAGUAGAUCUUGCUGGAUCAGAGCGUGUUGCAAAGACUGGCGUUGGAGGUCAUUUGUUGACAGAAGCCAAAUAUAUCAACCUAUCAUUGCAUUAUUUGGAACAGGUAAUAAUUGCCCUUGCAGAGAAAAAUCGGUCACACAUUCCCUACCGAAACUCUAUGAUGACCUCAGUGCUAAGAGACAGCCUGGGAGGAAACUGUAUGACUACCAUGAUAGCAACGCUCUCUUUAGACAAAAGAAACAUAGAUGAAUCUAUAUCAACCUGCAGAUUCGCACAGCGAGUUGCGCUUAUUAAGAAUGAAGCAGUUCUUAAUGAAGAGGUUGACCCCAGACUGAUGAUUGCUCAACUGAAGAAGGAGAUUCAGGAGUUGAAGGAUGAGCUGGCACUAGUGACUGGCAAGCAAAAAACAGCAGAGCUCUCGCAAGAAGAGGUACUUCGGUUGAAUGAGUUAAUUGAAAGAUUUCUGCAAGAUAAUGAUCCUGAAAGCAUUCUAGAUGUUGGUCCUGACAUGCGCAAGAUUAAGUAUUGCUUCAUUCACGUGAAGCAACUGAUGAAUCAUUCAAAGAUUUCUGGAAAAAACCUGCUCUCACAACACGUUUCGGAAGAAAAAGACAAGCAAGGCAUACAAGCAGGAAAAGAGGAGUUGAAGAAACUGAAAGAACUUCUGCAGCAAAGAGACAAUGAAAUCAAUAUUCUAGUAAAUAUGCUAAAAAGAGAAAAAAAGAAAGCACAAGAUGCCCUUUUCCAGCUUCAUGCUGUCUCUGGUGGUUCUAAAGUCUUGGAGCAGUCUCUUUCUAUAAACUUGGAAGAAAGUCGGAGCCCAUCUAGCUGUGUUAGUCUGAAAGAGGCAAAAGAUUUCAGCUUUUCAGUUCGCAGACUGCCUUUUCUUUCCAGACAAACAGGAGGAGAGAUGUCACUUGGAUGUCAGGAGGCUUUUGAAGUUUUCAAGCGGGACCAUGCUGACAGUAUAACCAUUGAGGACAACAAACAGCUUCUCAGACAGAGGUUUGCUGAAGCUAAAUCCCUUGGAGAAAAAGUAAAUGAAGUGAGAAAUAAAAUAAACCAUCUGAAAGGAGAGAUAACCCAGCGGCACAUUCAAAAGGCAGCCUUAGCUGUUGCCAGUCCUUCUGAAGAGCUAAAUAAGCUUGAUCCAAUAGAAGAGAAGCUUCGAGCACAAAUUGAAGAAGAGAAAAAAAGUUAUAAAACAAUGUUCAGUCGCUUGAAAGGGUUGAAGGUAGAGAUUGAGCACCUGCAGCUUCUCAUGGAAAAAGCCAAGGUGAAGCUGCAAAAGGACUUUGAACUCUGGUGGUCUGAAGAGGCAACAAAACUACAGCAGGAAAAGCCAGACUUGGUUAAUACAUCAAAUACUGCAGCAGUUUAUCCCCAGUUUAUCAAAUCCUCACAACAUCUAUCUACAAACAGUUCUUUAGAGACCAGGAGAAUCAGCCCUAAUGAAGAUUCAACUGGGAAUAAAAGUUCAAUUACUUUUAGUUAUCCAACUUCAAAAUCAAGGACCCUACCAAGUUCAAGCUCAUCUAUUCCCCUGACUGGAGACAGCCAGAUUGAUGCUGACAUCCUCGCUUUCAUUAAAGCAAGAGAGAACAUCCUGCAAAAGAAAGGUAAAUCCUUGCAAAAAAUGAGAUGCCAAAUCGAAAUGUCCAGUACAGCAUUUCAAAGCCAAAAUAGCUUUAGUCCACAUUUAUACUGACACAAAUGGGAACUGAUUCUGGUAGUUACAUUACACUGUGUCCUCAGCACUUCAAACACUUAAGGGUUUUCACGUGUAUUUUAGUAGCUCAGUGCUACAGUGUAAAACUAUGAAAGCUAUCUGUUUUUCCCUAUGACCCUCAAUUAACUUUCUGCAUCAUGUAUGCCUAUGAAGCCCACAUGGUAUAUUUAUUUGCACUGAAAUAAAUACUGUUAAGUGUUGUUGAUUGUUAAUUAAAAUACUUCUAAAAUAUUCAAUAUACAUUUUCUUUAAAGCUGUCUGGCCUGAUUUUUAGCUGCUGUGAUUCAGCAUAGUAUACUAAUUUAGCUGUAACAAUUGACACCAAAUAAAGAUUGUGCAAAUGAUUACAUUGCACCCUACCUCAUUAGGCAGACUGGCUUGCUGUGUCUAGUAGAGUCUUCUAUUAACAGGUAUUUCAUUAUAUCAAAAGCUAGUAAGAUUUUCUAUGGGUAUUUGACACCAAAUCAGGUACUGAAAGCAAUCACAGAUAGGCAAUAAAGCUCACUCUACAGUGACAAUAAUUAAAAUUGGCAGGAGGCAGAAGACACUAAAUGCACAAUGGUGACACUGCAAGGUAGCCUGGAAGUAAUUCAUCGUGAUAAAGAAGAGCUCUCCAAGAUUUUUUUUCUUUUUAUUUAUUUUUUUAAAUAAGAGUUUUUAGUGGCAGCAACCAAUUAGAACAUGAAAGCAGCAGUGGUUACUGAAGCAACAACUUUCUGUCAGCACUUGAGUACUGAUGACAGCAGUACUCAGCAAGCUAUCAGCACCUGGCAGAUGGUGUUAGCACUGUCACAAAGUGGGUCUUCGGUAUCACUCCCCUUAUCAGGGAACUGUCAGGUAAACACACAGUGGCUAAAAAAACAGCCUCAUUGCACCCACCCAAAGCAAACACUUAACACAUUUAGGCUUUGGGUUCCCUUUUGGCUUAAUUUAGAAAAGCUGUUGUGAAGUUUCUUCUGCAAAUGAAAUUAAAUUGAAUUUGUAGGCAGCUCACCAGAAGUAGGUUAGAGGUGUCUUAAGACAAACAUUUAAGGCCUUUGGAAGGUUCAAAUCUGAUCCAUUUUGUGAAGUACUGUUAUCUAACAAACAGGAGCAUAACUUGGCAUGUGAUCAUCUCCUAAAUCAUACCACAUCAGGAAUGUACCUCUCAAAUGCCUUUUUCAUCUUGCGCUUUUUUUUUUUUCAGCCACAGGCUAUUACCUAGCAUCAUACAUCAGUUUCAGAAGGGACUAGGCAUUAUCAACAUUGACAGCUAUUAGGCCCCAAGCUAUAAAAGGUAUUCUUGCAGAACGGACCCUGGUCAGUGCUUUUAGAAUUGUGUUGAAGUUCAGUUAGGCAAGAUGGGCUACAUCCUGCCCUAAGUAGCUGAAAAUGAUUGGAGUAGCAUUUGCAUAGUGCUUACUCUGGUCAUCCUCGCAGUGCAGGGCUAGAUAGCUCAACCAGUCUCUAAAUACAGGCAGGGCAGGAAGAAAGAAAAAAAAGAAAAAAAGAAUUUUCCCACACAUGACCCACAUAUUACAAGCUUGUGGGACUUCAUUUGUCAAAGAUAAAAGACAGCUGAGUAGCAAGUUCUGAGAAGGAUUUGGAGUCAACCUGGCAGAUAAGAGAAGGGUUUUUGUCCUGAUGAUUUGUGAGGAAAAGGAGAGACUCCCAGAUUGGAAGGGUGAGGCCACUGAUAGCAGGAAACAUUGAUCAAACCUGUUUGUAAGUUCUUGAAGAAAGGUAAAAUCUAAGAUGUCAUACUUCAUGCCUCAGCACCUGAGAUGGCUUCUCUAACUGGGAGGAGCAGAUGGGCUGAGAGAGUGCCUCUGCUAUUCCUGUAUGUGUGAUAGUCAUGUAUGUUUCCUUUUCAAUGAGCACUGCAUGGCAUAAGAUAUGCCCUAAAGGACAGAACGAGGUAGAAUCCCCUAUGAUUCGCAUUGCCCACCAAUCCCUCCUUCAAUCUCCCUUGGAAAUCAAGGGACUAAAGGUCUGGUCUAAAGGGGUAUUUCACCACACCUGUUCUCACUUCUUCUCAACGGGGCAUGUGAGCUUUUCUCAAACAUCUCUCAACUGGCUUUUCUCUGCUACUUUUCCUGUCUUUCAUCACUCCUACCUGGCAUGUUUCUAGACUGCAUGGGGGAAGAGAGGCUUAGUGAUUGUUGUAGUAUUUGUACACUGUUGUACACUGGCUAUGAGGACUUCCCCAGAACAGUUGUAACCAAUG